UUACACAAACCGGAAGCACAGAAUAAGGAGGCGUAUAUCAAACCUAACUGUUUACGAGUCACUAAGUAGGGGACUGCUCGGGUCAUUUUCAUCAGAUUAAGCACAGUUUUGUUGAAUUGUGAUGCUCGGAGCGGAGCGCUCUGCUCUUUCUGAAUUAGUGAAGAUGACGGCCGCGAGUCAAGCCGAGAGGACUGUGCUGGAGGAGGAAUUUAAUUGGCUGCUGAAAGAAGAGGUCCAUGCGGUGCUAAAACAGCUGCAAGAAAUUUUGAAGGAGGCAUCAAGGCGUUUUUCAGUGCCAUCUCCAGGUCUCUGUGAAGGACAACUGAAACAAGAGAACUUCAUUCUGGGCAGCUCAACGAUGGACCAGGUGAAAGGGGUUUUGACACUACAAGGAGAAGCUUUGACUCAAGCUGAUAUUAAUAUUAAAGUCGCUAAAAGCAGUCAAGUCAUGCAUUUUGCGUUCCGUGAUGAUAAACAGUGGAAACUGCAGCAGAUUCAGGAUGCCCGAAACCAUGUGAAUCAGGCCCUGCAGUUAUUGAGCAGCCGUGAUGAGAGCUACACCUUCAAAACUGGGGCUGAGGUCAAUAAGCUGAUGGAUGCAGUAAUGCUUCAGUUGAGCCGAGCCAGAAACAGACUGACGACCCCGGCCAGCAUGACGCUUCCUGAGCUCGCAGCCAGUGGUCUAGUGAAAAUGUUCACGCCUCCAAUGCCUGGUGACGUGAUGGUGAACUUCUAUAUCAAUCUCAGUAAACUGUGUUUGACAGUGUAUCAACUACAUGUACUGCAGCCUAACACUACUAAGAACUUCAAAUCUGCAGGAAGCUCAGUGCUGCAUAAUCCUGGAGCGAUGUUCGAAUACAACAACACCAAGUUCGAGGUAAGCCACGUCCAUAAGGUGGAGUGUGUGGUGCCGUGGCUGAAUGACACGCUGGUGUUUUUCACCAUUUCCCUGCAGCUCUGUCAGCAGCUCAAAGAUAAGAUUUCUGUCUUCUCUAGUUUCUGGAACUACAGACCUUUUUAAGCUAUAACUGACCAAUGAUAAUAAAUCUGAUUAAAUUAUUAUGCACUAGGAACAAGGAAUUCCAUGAACAAGCUCCCUGAAAUAAUCUAUUGUGACUAUAUGACCAUGUAUUUAUUCAUUUUGUGUGCUUUAUUGUUCAGUAUGUGUUCUGCAGUCGAAGUAGAGUGCGCUGUGUAUGUAGUAUACAAGCUGAAUUCAUUCAUUUGAAACGACAGUGUCUUCAGAUGAAGGUAUUCAGUGACAUGUUUUUGUGUUUCUGCAGUAUUUGUCAUCGUCAGUGUUGACCGUUUGUCAGUAAUCUUGCCUAUAUCGAAGUUAACCUCAUCUUUGUGUGUUUAGGCUUUAGCAAGGAAAUGCUAAUAAUACACAAUGCUCCAGUUGAUUUGUUGAGAGACCUCUUCAACCUCAUUAGACCAGUGUUUUUGCCUUUUAGUCCAAGGGUUGUAACACUUGAACAUUAUCUGAUUCCAGGGACUAUCAUCAAUGCAGAAAAAGCACAAGCAUAGCUUUCGAAUGUGCAUAAAUGACCAGUAGUGUAUUUGCCAUUGUGACUCAACUGGUAUGACUAUAUAAACACUAAAUGACGGCUAACAGUGAACAUAUUCCAUUAAACUUACACACAUUCCUGUAACUGGCUGAUUAGGGAGCAGCGUUCAGCAUUCCAUGAUGGAAAAAGGAAUAUCAUGCCGAGCAUUAGUUCAGAUGCUGUUCAGGGUUUGUGAUCAUUACUGAAAGGUUUCUCUGCUUCAUUUACUUUGUCAGUCUUGUUUAUCUAUGGUUACAUUUUUAUUUAUUUCAUGUCAAAUGCACUUGAUUUGUGUCCUUAUUGACUUCAUGCAUGUUAAUUUGAUUAUUGAUUCACGUUUAAGUAAAACCUAAGCUAUUUUCAUGUACAUUUCAUGCUUAAUGUGGAAUAUUUUGUGCAAUAAACAUACUAUCAACAUUAUGAACUUCA